UACAUAUAAAAUAAUUAAGAGGUUAGGUUUAUAAGUAGUAAAUAAACCUCGAAAAUGAAUGAGAAUAAAUUAGUUUCUAAUUUUAAAAGUUAUUUGGCCGUACGAGACUUAGAAAAUCCAGACUUGGAUGUAAGUGAUUCGAAUGGACCAGAUUUAAGCCCAAAACGAUUACCAGGAGAAAUGAUAGUUGCUGAAGCUCCAAAUGCGUUAAUGUUUGCUCCAGCUAGUGAUAAUAAUUUAGGUGUUUCUGGGCAGCUUACAGUCACCAAUUUUAAAUUAUCGUUUGUAACUGCUAGAAAACGACCCGAAGAAGAUCAAUGUUUUCAACAAAGUUUUUUAUUGGGUGAACAAGAAGUUUGUUUACAAGCAAUAGAUAAUAUUUAUCACAUAGUUGAUAAAAGACGACGUUUAUUGCCCAGUCAACAGAAAGUACCUGAUAAAAUUAAAGAAAUUGUAGUUGUAUGCAAGAAUUUCAGAGUGUUAACAUUUGGUUUUAAAUUUUCACCGAUUGGUAGCGGUCGAAAAAUAGCAAACGCGUUAUUACAUCAUUCCUUACCAACACGACAUACAUUAUUAUUUGCAUACGAAUUUAAGGAACCAUAUUAUCGUGGUAGCGGCAGUUUUGUACGAGAUUUUCGUGAUCGAAUCGAUUGGGAACGUGAAUUAGAACGAACUAGUGGAAAAAAUCGAGUGAAAUGGCGUAUAUCAACUGCAAAUGAGAACUUUCAAGUCUCACACAUCUUACCCCGAUGUAUUGUUGUACCGGCGGAUAUUGUUGAUCAUCAACUGUACGAGGCAGCUAGACAUUUUCGAUGUGGAUCUGUUCCAAUUUGGGUUUGGUCGUCUAAAAAUGGAGCUGCUCUUGUACGAAUGGCCGAUAUUCAAGCAACAAUUACAGAUCGCGUUCAAGAGAACAUAAUGUUAGAAAAUGUACGUAAAUGUCAUCCAACAAUGAAACAACCAGUAGUGGUCGAUCUAACAAAAGAUAUGCCAUCAGCCAAAGAUGUUUAUAGUAGUUAUUUAAGGUUACGUGAAUUAUGUGCACCAGAAUCAUUACGACAAUUUUGGACACAAGAUAGACAUUUUUAUGCAUUAUUAGAUUCAACAAAAUGGUUAAGUUAUGUUUCACAAUGUUUAAAGAAGGCUUCGGAAACAGCGAAUUAUAUAUCAACUGAUACAACAGUCGCAAUUCAAGAAGGUGAUGGAUGCGAUAUGUGCUGUUUAAUAUCAAGUUUAACACAAAUUUUAUUGGAUCCAUUUUGGCGUACAAUAUUAGGUUUUCAAACAUUAGUACAAAAAGAAUGGGUAGCAUUAGGACAUCCAUUUGAUAAACGUUUAGGUUUUAUUUUAUCAAAAACUGGUAAUGAACGUUCACCAUUAUUUUUAUUAUUUUUGGAUUGUGUUUGGCAGUUAUUACAACAAUAUCCAUGUGCAUUUGAAUUUACUGAGACAUAUUUAACAACUGUAUGGGAUUCAGCGCAUAUUUCGAUAUUUGAUACGUUCUUAUUUGAUUCAGAACGUCGUCGGUUAAUGGCUACUGAGGAUAAAUCAAAUCCAAUAACAUUACGUAGUGUAUGGGAUUGGAAUGAACAAUUCUCUGAAAAAGACAUUGCACUAUUUCGUAAUCCAUUAUUCGAUUCAACAUAUGUACAACGUAUUCAACCAGAAUGUAAAGUAUUAUUUUUAGAAAUAUGGGCAUUAUGUUAUUUCCGAUGGAUACCACAUUUAGAAAUACCAAAAGGUGGUCCACCACAAAUCGAUUUAUUUAAUCGUGCCAUUGUAGCAGAUAUCAAUUUAUUACAACAACAAAUAUUAAAUUCAUCAUCAUCAUCACAAACACAGAAUCAAAAUGAUUCUGAUUCAGAUGAGGAUAACUUGCUACUAUUUUAAGAAUAGUUUUAAAAUAUUCAAAUAGUCUAAAAUAUUUGUUGUCUAAAGAAGAUUAAAUCGUUUUUCUAAGACAUAGAGUGAUUUUGGACAUCACUAUUUUUAUCCUUUGUUUAAUAUUUAACUUUACAAUCUAGCAUUCAUAAUGGGGGUGGAGAAAUGGGCUAGGGAUUGGAAAGUUAUGCGUCAACGAUUUUUUAUAAAAACUAUACCGACAUUGUAUGGAGUCCGUGAAGGAAGACCGAUACACAAAAUUUUUACAAGCAUAGCCAGUUACUUCGACAAAGACAGUUUGAUUAGUCAACCUCCUUCUUAAUUGUGACUCUCAUCCACUCGGCGAUUGUAAAUUUAGCA